CAGCAACAACAACGACAGCGAUAACAACAACUAGUGCGACAACACGCCAAACUGAAUGUUUCAUUUGCAAUUUAAUACAAUUAUUUAUACUAACAACAAGCAUCGUUUGCACCGCUAGUGCCAUGGGCAGUGGUUUGCUGCAGGCCCAGGCUAUGGCCCUGACCCACGGCCAGCCCGCUCGCCUUCGCUUGGAGGAGUUGCCCACAGACUACGAUUCCUCGAUGCUGGCUGCGGCUGCUGUCAGUGCGGAGGCAGCAAUAGUUGCUGCUGCAGUUGCAACAAUGACAACAGCUGGAUUUCAAUUAAGCACACACACACCCGCACACACCAUACAGCUGGCAACCACGUUACGUGUUGGCUACGAUUCCAAUGAAAUCGAUAAUUCCUAUGCCGCUGCGGGAGCAGCUGGUGCCACUGUUGAGGCUGAUAUUGGCUUUGAUGCCGAUGCUGAUGACGUUGAAAAGUCGGCCGAGGAUUACGUCAUGGCCAUGGAACAGGGCCAGGAGUCGCAGGCGGAGACGGAGACGGAGACGGAACAGCGGCACUGGCAAAAUACAACAAAUGAGAAACAAAAUGAGGGAGCAGAGCCGAAAACGGCAACGGCAGCCACGCCGGCCGCAGCAUCCAUUGGCAGACAACUAAUGAAUGCAAAAACACAAGAUUUAUUGUCCUUAUCGCAGCUUAGUUCAUACCAAACAUCAACAGCGAGAGCCCCAGCGGCCGUUGGGGCUGCAGCGCAGCGCGAAAAGAACGCACCAAGCCAGAAGAAUGCCAUCAGCAUGGGUGGCGCCACAUCUGGUGGUGCCACAUUUCAACAAAUUGGCUCACAACGCGUCAAUGGAAACGCUCCAGCAACAGCCACGCCCACAGCAACUACUAAUGCAGAGAGCCAACAGGUCGCUACAACCCCAGCGGCAACCCUAGCCACAGCGACCGGAACGAAUAAGACCCAUGUGCGCACCUCGGCCAGGAAGGUCGAGAGCAAAUACAUCUUGCCCAAGCAGCAGAAAACCGAUGCACCAAUGCUCAACUAUAUCUUUGAUACGCACUCUGCAGCUAACAAACAUCAUCAUCACGAUCAGAGAUAUGGGCCCCAUUUCGAGGACGUGCAACGCGUCGGACAACCAACAAAUAUGACUGUUCAGGCGGGUAGCAGCAUUCAUUUAAAUUGCAGAAUUUCAUUGCUGCAAGAUAAGACUGUCUCCUGGGUGCGUCGCAGUGCGCAGAAUGAGGAGAAUGCUCUGGACUUGCUAACUGUGGGCCUGAACGCCUACACCGGUGAUAAGCGCUAUAAGAUGGAAUUUCAAUAUCCCAACAAUUGGCGUCUGAAAAUCAUAAAUGUCAAAAAAGACGAUGAGGCGACAUACGAAUGCCAGAUCUCAACACAUCCGCCCCGCGUUAUCCAAAUUAAUUUGCAUGUAAAUGCUCCGAAGGUGAUGAUUGUGGACGAGUACGGAGAUCCAUUGCAGGAGAAAUACUAUGAAAUAGAUUCCACACUGCAGCUGUCCUGUGUGGUGCGCAAUGUGGCAAUGACCAGCUCCGUUGUAUAUUGGAAACAUAGCGAUAAUGUGCUCAACUAUGAUGUAACACGGGGUGGAGUUAGUGUUAAAACUGAACUGAUGGAAGAUGGGGCAAAUUCCACUUUAUCUAUCGCUAAGAUUCAUAAGGCCGACUCGGGCAAUUACACCUGCUCCAUUAGCGAAUAUCAAAAUUUUACCAUAGUGGUGCACAUACUAAAUGGCGAAAGUUUCGCCGAGCUGCAUCAUGGUGGUGCCGGUGGUGCGCAUGCCAACUGGCAAUAUAUAAUUGGACUGUAUUUCCUACUGCUGCUGCGCUGGAUCGCCAGCACAACCGUGUUUACAUCCAGGUAAAGUUAACAAAGCCGCCUAACUAUACAUACAUAGAUACAUAUAUAUGGUAUAUAUGUGUUAUAUAUAAAUAAAUGAAUGAACAUGAUAUAGACAUAAAUUGUUCACCUGGUAGUCUUCUUAUGUACAUUUUUGUUAAUUAAUUGUAAAGAUUUUUGGAUAGUCAAACACAUAGCGAGAAGUUAUUAGAAAUAACUAAAAACUAAGUUUAAUUUAAAACGAAAUAAGUUCAAAUAAAUAAACUGAAUUGUUGUUAUAAGCAAGUAUACCAUAAGUGAAUGCCUAUUAAAAUGAUGAAAUGUACUCAUUUAUUCGUUUGAUAUUCGUUAGCAUCGAUUUGUACAUGUAAAAGCGCACAUAAAUUUAAUAUUACUAAAUAAGCCAACGAUUUGCGUGUGGCGCAAAUGAUGCCAACGAAUUUCGAAGCCGCAUAUGAUAAAAUAAAAAGCAA